AUGGGUCUCCUUACAUGUUCCUCUUGGUAUCAAAACUGCGUCAUUCGCAUCUCGCCAUGGCUCAAUGGUAGCUGUCGUGGUAUUCGUAAUUAUCCAAUUAAACUCCUUUGUCGCAAUCAAAAAUUUGUGCGUAAAGCUGCGGGAAAAUACUAUGAAGUGGAGCGCGAGUGGAAUUUAGGCAUCGUUUUAGAACCAUCGGAGGUCAAAUCGCUAAGAGAUCACAAUGCCGAUCUCUCUACUGCAUUUGGAGCUUUUUACAAGCACGAGUUGUUUAUACAUGAUCUAAAUAUUCCAGUAUAUCGUCAUGGACUGAUUGGUCGACCAGACCCAACGCGAGUGCGUAAGCUGUUGGCAAAUCGCUCUGAAUUAAAGAAACUUGAAGAUUUCGCUAAUCGACCCAAUGCACAGCUGAUUCCAAUGCGAAUUGAAGUUGGCAACACAGGCUGGAUUAAGGUCAUUAUGGCAGCGUGCUUUAAGCGAGGACAAAUUGAUAAUCGUAGACGUGACGAUGAACGAGAAGUCAAACGGCAGCUACGGGACUGGUAA